AUGAUACGUACAAGGUCCAUUUGUGUGGUGCCGGAGAAUGGUCAAACAUCUUUGGCGAUGGUAAAAGAGAAUGGCGAGCCCAAAAAAGACGUUGUGAGUGAGGAUUUUUGACCACGAACAGCUGGCAAAUGGUAUAUUUCUGCUGAUUUUUAAUAGAUUCCUAUUACGAAAGUUCUAGGGAAGUUUAGUUUGUCCCUGAAGUCUCCAUUUCAUACAAAAAAAUACGUUCUUUGAGGCUUUGAAGCUUUGAAACUUGGAAAUAAGAGUUAUUGCGAGAAACCUUCUUCUCUUUUUGAAAUAAGGAGAUCCUAAAGUAUUUUUCAGCGUUUCAUCAAAAGUUCAAUCGGAAGCUGAAAAAAAGUCCCCUCCUGAGUAUAAAUUGAUCCAAUUUGUUUUUCAAAGUUUAUUUAUAUCCAUUUUCUUUCUGUUUUCAGAUGAACGACCAAGUGAAAGACAAUCGUUGCGUCGGUUUCUUCCACGUUCGUUCGCUCGCGAUUUUUAUCGCUGUCGUCGAGAUCGCCGUCGUCGUUUACAAUGUUCGUCUAGACAACGAAAUAAUGGGGUUUUUGAACAAACUGGUGGCUCUUUCCAUGUUGAAGGCCAUCAUAAUGAACUUCAGUCAUGAAUUUCGAGAUGAAUGUAUAAAAGGACGUUUUCUUUGUUUCUGUUGCACAUGUCAAGAUUUAUGAUUUAUUUUUCAAGUCGAGUUUCUCAAGCUUCUCUGAAGUGCUUUUUAGAAUGCGUUUUGAAAGAAGAAAAAACCACUCACGGAGUUUUUAGAUUGAAAUUUUUCAGAGAAAAUGAAAAAUCUUUAGUUCUCUGCUUUUCAAGCUCUCAAUUGAGCUUCAAGGCGCCAUACAGACAGAAAAAAAACCCUUGAAAGUAUUCAAAAUUAUAACAUGCAUAAAUGUUAAAUUUUAUUUUACAAAAUUUUACUUUUUCAGUUGCAGGCGUCGCUCUCCAAGUGGACGACGUCGAGUGAAGCGGCGGUGCUGGGAUUGGCGACGGUCAUGCUCCUCGUGGUGAUCGCCCUCCUUUUGGCGGCCAUUUUCUGCCGCGUCGCUAUGCUUCUCAUUCCCCACAUCGUGAUGCAGGUAACAAUUCUGCUUUCCGUCCGAAAAAUCCAAUUCAUAUCCAACAGAUCGCCGUCGUCUUGAGCUUAUUCUUCCUGUCUUCAUUCUCCCUCUACACUUUAUUUUUUGGCACCACUCUCCGAAUACGAUUGACCGUUGCGCCUCCACAAUAUUCCUCCAGAGACGAGGUAUUCCAAAAACAUAAUACUUCAACGAAUAAUUCUUUUUCUCAGGAAACUUUGACGGCGCCUUUAAUAAAUUCGCAAAUGAUUUCGAGUUUCCUGUGCGGAUUAUUAGUCCUUUUUUUCCUUAUCUACCUCAUAAUCGCUCUUAUUAACGUGAGUGGCAAUUUGUUUCUGUUAUUUUCCGUCUCCAAACAAAGAAAAAAGAAUGAGAAAAGACGGAAAAAUGGAGCCAACAGAGAAUUCAGCGCAAUUUUUGCACAUGUGCGCUCCAUUAACAACGCCCGGGGGAAUGAAAGUUCGAACGCUUCAGUGAAGAAACUUUUUAUUCUCUUUGGGACGAAAACCAUUGUAACAAAAAAAUCUUAAAUUAUUCAAAAAAACUUUGCUGAUUUUUUUCAUAGAUCUUCAUUUCAAAGUUUUGUUAGAUCUUCAUGUGAAUGUGUAAAUGUGAUCGGAUACCCAAUCUCUAGAGUUAUUAUUAUUAUUAAAAACUCAAAGCUUGUGUGCUGAAAAGGAAAUUAAAAAUAAUUGAGAUAUUUAUUUUUAAACUCAGUUACGCUGCCGCAUUCACUGUCACCGUUCAUGCACAUAGUCAUAUUUAGAUUUUAAAGGCCAUUAUUUUCAAUUUACCCGGAAACAUGUUAUAUUUCCUUCUUUCAGAUUUGGUGUCUACGAGUUGUUAUUGACUGUUACCGGUACAUCUCCAACGAAAAACUGAAGGAAAGAGAACGGGAGUCGAGAGAAGCUGACGUUUACUUCGCGCCCCACACAUUCCAGAUGUCCUUGUUUCCUAAUAGGACCGUUCAGGCUACCGAUUUUUGA